CAGGAUUUUAGAAGCUAGAGUGCUCAUUAAUUACACAGUGGGUUGGUGUGUGUGUGUCUAUAUAUAAAAUAAAAUGGUUGAGAAAAGGCAGGAAGCAAUAGGGAGGAGGCAAACUAAUCAACACAGGCUUUUAGCCAUAGCAAUUGGCCUUGCUGCAGUAGCCUCACCUCUUUACAUUGACAGAAAGAGGAAAAGAAAGACAGGCCAAGCAAAUGCUGCUGAUGAUGAUGAAACCAUAAUCUCUGCUUUAUACCUACCACUACUUCUCAUCUUGAUCAGUGCUGCGGCUAGCGUGAUGGUGAAACGUGGCGUGAUCAGAUUGUCGUUCUAUAAGAAGCCAGUUGCCAUAGGACUCACACUUCUCGCGGUGCUCUCUCCGCUUUACAUCGACAAGGACGAGGAACCGGUUUAUGAGGAUCAGCAGCCGGGUUCCGCUUUCUCUUCUUCUUCUUCUUCCUUUGUGCAGCCUUUUCUAUUGGCGAGUCUUAUGAUUGCCAUCGCAUUGUCUGGGUACUUCGACAGAAGCUUUACCAGGUUUGAUCCAUAUUGGAUUUACAGGGUGGGUGGCUCUUCAACUGGCAUCCUCAUUCUCCUACUUCUUCUUGCUUUUGUUUUGAAGUUUAAAGUUUAGCCUUAUUUGAAUGGUUAUUUUGUUUGUGCAAUUGAAAUCAUGUACCUUAUUAAAGUCACCUGUUUUUUGCAUGCUUUUGGUAAUGGACUAAAAACAACACUUUUUUU